CUUGAAAAUGAUUUUAGUUUGAGUUUUAAGUCUGAAUUGUGCAGAUCAUUGUAUUAGGAACAAAAUGUUUAACGUUAUAUAUUUUAUAAUACUUUUGUUCUUGGUAUCGACACAAUCGGCCAAAAUGAUUUGCUAUUAUGAUUCGUCGAGCCAUAUUAGAGAAGGACCGGCUCAGCUGUCUCUGCAGGAUUUAGAACCAGCUUUGCAGUUUUGUCAAUAUCUUAUUUACGGAUAUGCUGGUAUCGAUCCGGAAAGCUAUCAAUUGCGUCCCCUUAAUAAAGAACUAGAUGUGGCACGGAAUCACUAUCAUGCAAUCACCAACUUGCGCCGUAAAUAUCCACAGCUGUUGAUAUUCCUAUCUGUCGGCGGUGAUCGUGACCAUUUUGACGAAAUAGUUGAUAAUCCAUAUAUCAGUCUGCUUGAAAAUCAGGCCCAUCGAAACACAUUUGUCAAUAGCGCUUUGGCGGUGUUGAAAGCUUACGACUUCGAUGGUCUCGAUUUGGCUUGGCAGUUUCCUAAAAACCAUCCCAUAGUGGUGGAAAACAGAUUUAAGAAAGCUUGGAAAACAUUUAAGGGUUGGUUCACAGGCAGGAAAGUCGUUGAUGAGAAGGCCGAAGAGCACAAAGGGCAAUUCGCAACACUGGUACAUGAAUUGAAAGAUGCUUUCCGCAAUGAUGGCCUUAUGUUGACACUAACAAUGCUACCUCAUGUGGAUGCUGAUCUUUUCAUCGAUAUACCCAGAGUGGUACCUAUGGUCGACUACGUCAAUCUGGGUAGCUAUGACUUUCAAACACCCGAGCGGGAUCCGAAGGUGGCGGAUCACACCGCUCCUAUUUACGAAAUGUUCGAACGCGACCCUACCCAUAAUAUCGACUACCAAGUACAGUACUGGCUCAAUAAUUCAGCUCCCAGCAAUAAAAUUAAUGUUGGUGUACCGGCGUACGGGCGUUCGUGGGUGAUGACGCGCGACUCUGGUAUUACGGGCUACCCGCCGAUUGAGCACACAGAAGGGCCAGGCCCCGCUGGUAAACAAAUUAAUAUUCCUGGUUUGAUGAGCUGGCCAGAAAUUUGUGAGACAUUGCAACGUGACAAAGAGUUGGAUGGUGAGGAUGCCGCCCUGCGUAAAGUGGGCGAUCCGCGACAACGUUACGGAAGCUAUGCUUAUCGAUCGGCCGAUGUGGAUGGACUCUAUGGUUUGUGGGUGGGGUAUGAGGAACCCAGUACGGCAGCCAUCAAAGCAGCUUAUGUGUAUGCAAAGGGUUUGGGUGGCGUAGCUUUGUUCGAUUUGUCCUUGGAUGAUUUUCGGGGCCAAUGUGCAGGCGAGAAAUAUCCUAUUUUAAGAAGUAUUAAGUUUAAAUUAUAAAUCUAGUUAAUAAAUAAUUCGUAUAAAUUGAGAAAAGCUA